AUGCCUCAUAAAGAUGAGCCGUUUGCAAAUCCACAAGCUCCUGCAAAUUAUCAUCCAGAUGAGAUUGAUCAAGCACCAUUGCACCCAUUAUCGAAUGAUGAUUUUCGAAAAUUACUAAUGACUCCAGCUGUUGGCACACAACGAAGUUCAACAGCAAUAUUAUCAUCAUCACAAGCAAAACCUGUAAAAACAUCAACUGAAAAAGAUGCGGAAGCAGGUGAUCGUCGAAAAAAAAAGAAAUUACAUUAUGCCAAAUUUAUUAAAGAAGAAAAACAGCGUGAAGAAGAAAGAAUAAAUAAAUAUCGUGAUCGUGCAAGAGAAAGGAGGGAUCGUAAUAAAGAUUUAGAAGAUCCGGGUGUUCUAUCAAUACAAUCGCAAUCGCAAUCGCAACAACAACUGUCAGCACCAACAACAUCAGCUGGAAAUUAUCGAGCUGUUGCUCCAGACGCCAAAGGAAAUUAUGAUGCCGCUGCAAGACGUAAACAAAUCAUAGAGGAAUCAAAAUUUUUAGGAGGAGAUUUAGAGCAUACUCAUUUAGUGAAAGGCUUAGACUACGCUUUACUGCAGAAAAUUCGUGCUGAAAUUACAACAACAGACGAAUUUCCAGAUCAAUCGGGCGCAGAUGAUAAUGAACAAUCAUUUGUUAAACCAAUGGCACCGCCACCAUCGAUUCCUACAUCAACAGCAAGCGAUAAAAAAAAGGCUAUUCCUACUAAGCAAUCUGUUCAGAAACCAACGAUUGCUCAGCAACAACAACAACGUCAACAAAUGAUAGAAGAUGAGGAAGAAAAUCGUCUUGGAAUUAAAUCAAAAUUAGCCAAAAAUAUAUUUCGUACACUGUUUCGAAAUAAUAUCUUAAAUCCACAACUAAAUCAACGAAAAAUCAAUGAAUUAUUUUUACCACAUCGUAUGGCAUACGUUAUUGAUUUGGAAUCGGAUCAAGAAAAUCAAAAUGGACUUAUCGAUGAUAUACCAACAACAUUGAUACGAUCAAAAACCGAUUGUCCAAAUGCUGAGAGUACAACCACACUGAGUAAUAAUGAUAUUGUCAUCAAUAAACUUACUCAGAUCUUGUCAUAUCUAAGAUAUUCUAAAAGAGAUCUGAAACGACAAAAGAAAAAGGGUGGUGGUGUAGAACACGUGGAUACUAUAAUGAAUAUCAAACCUCAAAAUACAAAUUCUCUUGUGAAAAAAACCGAAGAUAUUAGUUUAUACGAUGAUGUUGGAGAUUAUGUUCCUGAUACGAAACGUCGUGAUAUUAAAGACGAACAGGAUAAGAAUAGAAGAAAGAAUUAUUUCAGGGGUUUGGGUGAUGAACAAGAGAUGGAUAGACGAAAUCCUUCAAACGCAAUGGAAGAUGACGAUCAUUCGGAAAAUAACAAUGGAGAAGCAGUGAAAAAUUUUAUUAAAAAUGUGCAUCGUAAAUACGAAAAUAAAUCAAUCGACUCACGAAAUGGGGGAAAAAAAAGUGGAUUUCAGCUCAAGUUUAGUGAUGAUUCAUAUGCUGAGUGUUAUCCAGGUACAAUGGCUGAAGAAGAUGUGAAUAUUGACAGUGAUGAUGAACCAGAUUAUGAAAAAAUGGAUAUGGGUUCCAAAAAAGGUCCAAUUGGACGAUGGGAUUUUGAUACAGCCGAAGAAUAUUCUGAUUAUAUGAGUCAAAAGGAAGCUAUGCCAAAGGCUGCAUUUCAAUAUGGUGUGAAAAUGUCAGAUGGAAGAAAAACUCGUAAAAGUGGACCACAAGAUGAAAAACAAAAAUUAGAAAGAGAAUGGCAACAAAUAUCAAAAAUAAUUGAUAAACGAAAAGGUGGUGGUGGAGGCGACGAAAAUGAAUCCUAUCAUCUUAAAUAUAGUUAUUUUGAUGUGGUUAAUAUUGCAGAAGAAAACGAACGAGAGAAAUUGCUUUCACAUCAUGAAUGGGAAACUGCGGAUGAAACAACGUCUCUGUCUAAUGCAUCAAUGAAAACUGUACCUGAAGCUGAUGAUCAGCCAAGAAUUCCCCUGUUAAAUGUAGUAGGUGAUGACCACUUGUCGAUGAUUGUUUUACAACCACCUGCCGAUACACAAAAUCUCAAUGAUGCGAAUGAUCUUAGUGAUACACCAGCAUUUCCUCGUUUUCCUAUUGAUGGAGAAUUUAUCACUGAUUCACAAUCAAUUUACAGCUUAAAUAAAGAUGAUGAUAUUAAUAGUUCAACUACAACACUUGAGAUCAAUAAUGAUGAUGCGACUACUGUUUCAAUAUCAAACGGUAUUAAUGAUAGUGGUCUCCUUGAUCAGGUAAGAUCUUUACUUCGUCCAACAUCAUCGCUGGCAUAUUCAACAGCACCAACAGAUAGUGCAAAGAAAGGAGAAAUUAUAAUAAGUCAAGAAGCUGAUACGGUUCAACGUUCUCGUGCAGCUACGAUUAUUGAACUACCACAAUAUCAGCGUCAACGUUCAAUUAUUGACGAAUUAACACCCGAAGAACAGAAAUCGUUAGCAAAUGGUCUUAGACGCUCAAUGGCUAUGAGUGGUUCUAGACGUUCAACAAUGGUUGACUCACGUCGAGCAGCAACAAUAGCAAUCCCAGAAACUGAAAAACCAAUGAAUAAUAUCGAUACAAUCAAUCAUCAAUCACCACCGUCAUUUACUGCACAAACUCAAAACGAAGGAUUUCUAUCACAUUUAUCUGGUAUUCUGUGGGCAUUUCUCACAACAUUCUCAUUAUGUAUUAUAAUUUUUAUAACAAAAGCUAUUGGUCUUGAUUUGCUAUUCGGUCUGUUGUUACAAAUGUUGGCACAAACAGUAGCAUUUUUUGUUUAUGCAAUUUAUAAAAACUACAAUAUUCUUGGACCACAAGGAUAUCGAUUACGAAUAAUAUUACGUGGACUUAUGAUGGCUAUUGGUACUUCUACAAUAUAUCUUGCCUAUUAUUAUAUUUCAUUACCAGGUUUAUCGGUUAUUCGACAAAGUCAAAUUGUAUGGACAAUUAUAUUAGCUUUAAUAUUUCUCAAAGAACGUAUAACUAUUCCUCGUAUUGUUGCGUUUAUUUUAACGAUGAUUGCUGUUAUAUUAAUUGGUCGUCAAACACUAUUGUUUCGUGAAAAUCUAUUACCGUCAGAAUUCAAUUCAACAUUAAAUACUCCAUUUUCUAGUUUUCAAUUUGUGAAAACAUCAAGUUAUUUAUUCGGAUCCAUAUUAGUUCUAAUAGCAACUAUUGCAUUCAGUAUUAGUAUAAUUUUGAAUAAAAUACUAUUGAAUGCAGGAUUGCAUACCAGUAUUCUAUGUUUCUGGUCAUCGGCAUUUUCACUAGUCAUUUCUAUCAUAUUAGUUAUAUAUACACAUUUUAUAAUCGGUAGUAAAUCGGUACCGCAUGAUUGGAGAUUAUUUACAGGAUUUGGACUAGCAUUAGCAUCCAUAUUUGUUUUUAUUGGAAAUCAAAAGGCACUCAAACGAGAAAAAGUGACAAUUGUUACAUUAACUUAUUCUAUAGAUAUUGUAUUAGCAUUAUUUUUACAAAACAUUUUUAGAAACUCAAAGAGUGAUUGGAUUGCCUAUUUAGGUUGUGCGUUUAUAUUAAUGUCUAUUAUUACUAUAUGUAUUGACGUUUUAAUUGAAGAAAAACGAAAACAAAAAGUGACUCAAAAAGUGGCUGCUGUAGCUGCGGUAUCCGCUAAAUAUGGCGAAGAAAAGUCGAAUAUAAACAAUCAAAAACGUGUGUCUUGUCCUUAA